GUGUCGUGUUGACGGACGGCGACGUAAGUUGACCAAGGCCUCGACAGACAUCCUCAGACUUUCACGCUGUAUGUACCGACGUAUUUUCCUCUGACUUCCGUCACUUUGCUCUCCUCAUUCGUUCUGACAAACUGUCUACUGUAGCCUGUAGGUAACUUACUGGUUGCUUGCCCGGAAAGGAUGGCGCCCCAUCGAGCCCUAGAGAAUAUCGACGUCGUCUCCUACAUACUGCAGUACCUCGGGCCUGACUCAGACUCCGAUAUUUCAAUCUUCGACGAAGGAUUCCUGCAUGAUUUUGCCCCAGGAAAAAAGUGGAGGACACUCGCGUAUUGCGCACGCACCUCAAAGGCCUUCUGUGGGCCAGCAACACGCUUGCUCUGGCGAGAGCUCCCGUCGCUUGUCCCGCUGCUCUCUCUGGGUAUGCGUCUCUCCAAGCUCAAGGACAAGUGCAGUUAUGAUAUAAACGUCGAGUCGGACGAUGAGGCGAUCAUAUGGUACUCUAGAGAAGGCCCCACGAAAAAGGGCCUGCAACGCUUUAGUCGCUUCGCUGCGCUCGUUCGAUUCAUCGACAUCCCUGAAGGAGAGCAUAUCGACCCAACAGUCCUGUUUCACCUUUCGCAGGCCAACCCGCAGGGAGAGCCGCUCCUGCCAAUGGUCAAGGAGCUCUGGUGCCCGUCUUCACCGUUCCUCGACAUGAUUGUCAUGUUCCUAGCGGGACGCAGUCUUCGCGCGCUCACCAUUUUCGAGCCUGAGGGGUGGGUCGGGUGGUCAAAGCAAACGGACGACCGUGAUGCUGGCGCUGUCAAACGGCUCCUUUGCGCAUUGCCCUCAAAGACACCUGGGCUGCGCUCUCUCCAUGUGUACGACGAAGGCAUGCUUGCCCUGCUGGACAAGGACAUGUCAUGGGUUUGCGGUCUGCGUGAGCUUCGUUCGCUACGUUUGGAUUGCGGGUGGGACGGGCCAUUCCUGGUGCACCUCAUGCCUGCGCUAGCGACACUCGACCACCUAUGCGACCUCGCUAUCCCCAUUGAUGACAGGUUGUUGGUCGCGUUUGAGACGCCUCAGGGCUUUCCUCAAUUGCGAAACCUGCGGUUGGAUGGUCUCAGCCACGAUGAUUUUGGCGGUAUGGAUGCUCUGGCGCAGAUCAUGUCACCCAUUCGCUUGGAUCGCCUCGAGAUUGUCAACACGUUCAUGAACACAUUCACGGAGAAUCAGAGCCUUCUAGACGCCUUCGCCGGUGUAUGUGCUCCCACCUUGACAAGGAUCCGCCUCGACCUGCAUGUGCGGUGGCCAGCGGACCUUGAAAUUUUCCCUGGUUCCCCUGAUCCCUUCCCGGCAUUCUAUCUCCUUCGACCUCUAUUGCAAUUACAAUUCCUACAGGUCAUCACCAUUGUCUUCUUCAGGCAGAUGUCACUUACCGACAUUGACGUACGCAAACUCGAAGAGGUCUGGCCAACCUUACGGAGCCUCAGCCUCUCAUGGCAAGUUCCCGACACCGCAGGCUCAGCACCAUCCUUCCACUGCAUCGUCGACUUCAUAUUCUCUCACCCUGAUCUCUUGGUGGUCCACAUUCCGGCAGUAGAUAUCGAGGGCAAGACCACCCGCCGUGGCAACGUCAAGGCUGUGCCGUCGGGUCUUGCGGCAGGCGACCUAAACAAAGCCGUUCGAGAUCCCAAGGGGGUUGCUGGGGUUCUCCGUGUCUUGUUCCCAGAGAUCUCCGUUGAUGAAUCUGCGGCGGAAAAGGCGUCUGGCAAGUGGGCCGUAGUACUGUCGACGCUUAGGAAUAGUAACCCGACCAAGUAG